GCUUUUAUUAGCCUUGUUCCGUUGACUACUGGUGUAGCCCAGAGCUUCGAACCAUUGGAUACAGUAUCAUCAUCUCAACCUGAAGAGCCUUUAAUCAGUGUCAUCAAUAGUCAAACAUCGCCAUCCGAAUCUGAAAAGGCUUUUAUUAGCCUUGUUCCGUUGACUACUGGUGUAGCCCAGAGCUUCGAACCAUUGGAUACAGUAUCAUCAUCUCAACCUGAAGAGCCUUUAAUCAGUGUCAUCAAUAGUCAAACAUCGCCAUCCGAAUCUGAAAAGGCUUUUAUUAGCCUUGUUCCGUUGACUACUGGUGUAGCCCAGAGCUUCGAACCAUUGGAUACAGUAUCAUCAUCUCAACCUGAAGAGCCUUUAAUCAGUGUCAUCAAUAGUCAAACAUCGCCAUCCGAAUCUGAAAAGGCUUUUAUUAGCCUUGUUCCGUUGACUACUGGUGUAGCCCAGAGCUUCGAACCAUUGGAUACAGUAUCAUCAUCUCAACCUGAAGAGCCUUUAAUCAGUGUCAUCAAUAGUCAAACAUCGCCAUCCGAAUCUGAAAAGGCUUUUAUUAGCCUUGUUCCGUUGACUACUGGUGUAGCCCAGAGCUUCGAACCAUUGGAUACAGUAUCAUCAUCUCAACCUGAAGAGCCUUUAAUCAGUGUCAUCAAUAGUCAAACAUCGCCAUCCGAAUCUGAAAAGGCUUUUAUUAGCCUUGUUCCGUUGACUACUGGUGUAGCCCAGAGCUUCGAACCAUUGGAUACAGUAUCAUCAUCUCAGCCUGAGGAGCCUUUAAUCAGUAUAACAAACAGCGAAACAUCGCCAUCCGAAUCUGAAAAAGCUCAACCUGAGGAGCCUUUAAUUAGUGCAAUAAACAGCCAGACAUCGCCAUCCGAAUCUGAAAAAGCUUUUAUUAGCCUUGUUCCUGUCACUGGUGUGUUGGGGAGUUCCGAACCAUUGGAUACAGUAUCAUCAUCUCAACCCGAGGAACCUUUAAUCAGUGUUACCAGUAGUCAAACAUCGCCAUCCGAAUCUGAAAAAGCUCAACCUGAGGAGCCUUUAAUCAGUGCAGGAAACAGCCUAACAUCGCCAUCCGAAUCGGAGUUUGAUUUAUUCAGUCUUGAUACGUCGAGUAGUGUCUCCCGGAAGUGCGAUCCAUUGGCUACGUCAUCGCCAAUACUAACAGAAACAACAUUAUCUCAACCUGAGGAACCUUUAAUCAGGGCUAUCAACAGUCUAACAUCGCCAUCCGAAUCUGAAAAAGCUCUUCUCAGUUUUGUUCCUUUAAGUGGACCAACAGAGAGUUCCGGGACAUUGCCUACGUCAUCGUCAAUACUAGAAGAAAUAACAUUAUCUCAACCUGAGGAGUAUUUAAUCAGUCUUUUCGAUAGCCAAACAUCGCCAUCCGAAUCUGAAAAAGCUCCUUCGAGUGUUGUGUCUCAGAGUAGCAAGGCUACACCAUCGCCAGCACUAAUUGAAACAACAUCUCAACCUCUAAUCAGUGUUAGCAAAACAUCGCCAUUCGAUUCUCAGAAAGCUCUUACUCUUGAUUCGCUAAGCGGUCCAACGUUGGAUCAACCGUUGGUUACAUUAUUACCAACACCGUCGUCGUCCUCAUCUCCACCCGAGGAGCCUUUAAUAAGUGGUGUUGGCAACGAACCAUCGCCAUCCGAAACCGAAUUUGAUCGUGUCAGUCUUGGAGACAAGCCAUCAACAACAAGCUUUGACGAUAACAUGUGGAACAAUCAAUUUUCCACCGGGUUCCCAGGCUCUUCCCACGAGUUUUUUGACAGUUUUGGGUUAGUGGAUUCUAACACUCGGCCACCCCAAAGUCGUGGAAACCACACAACACCGUGCCAGACGUCGCAUGCGUCCAAUAGCCCAGCACAGUUUUUUGAACAAAACUUCGAGGCGAAGCCACCACCCUUCCAAGCCUCAGCACAAGCUUCGAGCACCGUAGCUAAACUAUUUCAGCCCACAGACGCCCACAGUUUCGUGGCGUCAAAAUCUCGGCCUGAACAAGUCGGAAAUCACGAGGAGAACCCAACACCCGUGCAGGCUCCGACACAAGCGCCGAUGACAACAAAUCCAACUAAUCAAGCUUCAUUACAAGCUUUGAACACAUCAGCACAUACACAGACUGGUAUGAACAACAGUCUUCUUCAGCUGCCGAAUUCAGGCACUGGUGCUGAACACCUCGAAAAUAUCGAGGAAUACCGUCCAACGUCCAACCAAGUUCUACCGCAAGUCUUGAACACACCAACAUCAUUUCAAUCUGCGGAACAACUCCAAAAUUAUGAGGGACACCAAUCAUCAUUUCCACCACAAACGUUGAAUACAACAGCUACACUGUUCCAGCCAUUUCAAUCUGGCGACCAGUCUUUUCCUCCUCAGACUGCUAUCGACCCGUUUGACGCAAUGAAGAUGACCCCAUCCAACGCUGGCGGAACCGCUCAGCUUUUCGCUGAUCGCCAGCAUAAUGACCUCUUUGACAGCUUUAACGUUGGCGGCACCCAGAAUUUUGGUAUGCCUCCCACUACAGAUCCAGGAUAUGGAAUUCCUGCAUUCUCAUCUAACAGUCAUAUACAGAAACAGCAUUCUGUUGAACAGUUAGAAGCAUUCAGUGGGACGACCAAUGGACAGACAUGGCCGUUGGACCAGAUUGGACAGUCUGGUCCCCAAUUUAAUAAUGGACACGGCCACGUACAAGCCAAUGUACAUGAUCAGAGUGUACAUGGCAACUAUGGCAACGACUAUCCGUUUGGAGACGCUGCCGCGUCUUAUCCACACAAUACUGGUAGUUAUUCAUCAACUUCUACACAAGAUGUUGUUAAUGCCACCAACCAGCCUACUGGUGAAACCUUGCCAGCUGACGUACCUGCUGGCCUGGACGUCGUCAAGACGACCGAUCCACCUGCUGCUCAACAACCAGCAGCUUUUGAAACUGUUGAACCAGUCGGCAAUUCAGAUGUGGCUCAUGCCACAUUCCAACCUCCAACGUCGGGCCUUUACCCGCCCACAAUGGUAAACGGGUUCCAGGAUCCCAAGCUCCAGAAUAUGACAUCUAGCUUGUAUCCACCUGGCUUAAUAUCAAGCCAACCAGUCAGUCAGACGAAAUCCCUUUACCCGCCGGGGAUGGAUCUUGGAGAGUCAAGUCCAAUUUUUCCUUCCAAUAUCAAGAAGGAUCUUUAUCCAUCUUCACAAGUGGUGACCACCAGCCACCAUGGUACAGGGGAACUGUUUACCCCUGACCCUAACCUUCUACCACCUAUGAACCCUGGGUUUGUAGGUGGUGACAAUUCAGCAGAGAGUGAACUUGCUUCGUCUUCACAAGCUGCGCUUAUAGUUGCAAGCCCUGGAGUACAACCUACAACGAAGGACUUUGUUGAUAACCAUUCUGGGGCACAGAAUUCCAUCGCUACAUCAUUACAGUCUGAGCGAAUGGCUGUUAGUCCUGAAGUUCCUGGCUCUAGGCAUUUUACAAGUGACCCAGAAAGCGAUCAGAAUAGGUUGGUGUAUUCCUCAUUGCAAGGACCCCCAAACGCGACCGACUCUGGACUUCUUAUGAAGAACUUGGAAGAUAACCAGAUUGCGAGCAAUACACCUUCUCGAUCUGAGCCUGUGUCAGCCUAUGGUCAGCGUAUUGAUUACGAAGCACAGUCUGCCCAUGAGCCAUUGAGCCAGCAAAUGUCGCCAUUCCCACCUGUUGCAGAGCCAGUCGUGAGUGAAAAGUCAACAACUCUUCUCAACCCAAGCGGCAUAGCUCCUCUUGAUGGUGGUAUUCCAUCGAACUACCAACAACCUACACCAUUGCAACAUGUUCCUGAACCAGUUGUGAGUUUAGGCGAGGCAGUUUAUGCUGAACCUGGCAUACCUCAUUUGGACGCCAUGAUGACACAUGGUGGUACUCUACCAUCGAUCAAUCAGCAGGUCUCACCAUCCCAAACUGUUGCCGAGCCAAUUGUUAUGCCAGGACCCACCAAGGCAGUUCACGCUGAAACUGGUACACCUCAUCUGGAUACUAGUACCAUGGUAGCACAUGAUGGUACUUUACCACCAUCGCAAGCUCCACCAAUUGGCGCCCAAGGUGAGAACCUUUCCCGUUCAAGUAGUGUUGAACCAACUACAUACCAUCUGGACACGAACACCACGUCUCCUCGUGAUGCUAGACCUCUUGAUGACAAACUAUCAUCAAAGAACCAGCACGUUUUGCCGUUUGGUAACCAACAUGAAGGUACUGCAGCCACCAUGUUUUCGUCUGUCGGCGUUGUACCUUAUAGUAGUACAUCAUUGCCACCCAGUAAUGUGAUCCUUGAAAACCAGGGUGAAUUACAAGGUAGUCCUCUGGAAACUGAUGCUAAUCUACAUCCAUCGGCAUUCAUUCCAGUGAAGGCGAACUCGCCACGGCAUUACGAAGAAAGAGCAAACCUAGAGUCACCACUUCGAUCUCCAGUAGAGCGGGAGAAGAAAGAAACGCUACUGCAUGGACCAAGCAUCCAGACAUCUUCGCUUUGGGAUAGUGAACCCCAAUUGGCAAUUCUGGGCCUUAUUGUACCAACGGCAACCAGAGGUAACCACGAGAUUGGUCAGAGUGCUUCCAAGUUACAACUACAAGCUACUGUACCAGCACAAGGUUCAAAUGUUCCUCCGAUCGAGCAGACUGGUGAAAAGUCUCGGAUUGUAACAUCUAAUGUGGUAAAACCGAUCUCGGGUAUUCCUGGUUUCACACAGACCAUAUACCCGUUCACCGCUACUCCUCCAAACUCAUCUAACCAACUCACCAGUACUGGUCAUCAAAUUCCACCUGCUCAGCCUGGAGCUUACCGAGCCAUAACAUCUAACCAACGACUACAUUCGACAACUUCACCCGAAGGUGAAGCAUCUGCUCAUGGUUCUACCUCGAGUCUAAGUCGCCAAAGUUUGCUUGGUAUUUCUACUCAAGAUCAAGUUACUGGCAAGGCUGCUCAUGGCGUUGGUGAUAAAUUAUCUGGUCUCAACCGUGAGAAAAACCAAGGGUAAGUAGCUAGGUGUUUGGCUGUUUUAAACUCGAUUUCCAGUUUGGGCCCGUUUUUAGUCCCUUUAUAGAUUAUUUAGUGAUAUGACUCAUGUUACAUGCUAUUCAUUGCUGAAAUAAUUUUUACUUGAACUAACCAUAACAAACUGUCACAAUAAUAUACUAAUGCAAUUGUACAGUUAUUCAUAAUCAUUAUAACUAAAACACUAACACAAUAAUUACGGUACUAAUCUAACACAAUAAUUACGGUACUAAUAAAAUUAUAAAUGAAGGCAGUGAUAGAAAGCUGAUAGCGUAGAACAAUAUAAUCUAGAUUUCUGUAUUGUUCUUUAUCAGAUCUGUAUAAUUUCAAAGCGCGACUAACCCCAAACAUGACUUUUUUUGUACGUGCAGUAAUUGGGUCAUUCUGAGAAGAAAUGUAACAUGUCUUUAUAAUACAAGAUCUCGUCUUCAUUACCUUGAAACUGUCAAAGUGUCCAGAUAUGUCAUUGGAUGGAUUGCAAAGUAGUUUUUUGUUGUGUUUGUUUUUCGCUCCAAAAAUUCAUCAAAUGAUAGAAAUUUAUUUUAUGAAACUAACAAUCUCGUUGACAUUAUAAAAAAAUUUCAAAUUUCUAUAUUUUGAUUUUUAAACUUUUUGUGCUUUUUGUUUUGGUCAUUUCAUGUUUAACUUCCUCGCUCGGAUUAUUAAAAGCAUACGCAAAUUUGUUUACUUUUUCGAUUCGCUGUAAGGAACCGUACACAGCGUCCAUCCAGCAUCGUCCCACAUCAUUUCUGGGCAAAUUAGCAAAAGUUUUGCACAUUUUUUCGACUUUUGUAUUUGUUUUUAAAAACAUUGUUUUCACAAUGAUGUUGUUCGAGGAUCAAAGUUUUCUCAAUCAUAAGUUUUUUGACGUUUUCGUGUUGUUUUUACAUAAAAUUUUGGUUGAACAUGUAUGUGGAUAUGGGCGAAAAGAGUUUCCUACCUUCCUAAUGAUACACUGGUGUAAGUCUGCAUUUACAAAACAGUAUUGACCCUGACACUGAAAAAGUUGAUCAAGAUGAGGUUUUUCCCAUAAAGAUAUAUUAAAUUUCUUCUUAGAAUGAACCAAAUAUUACACAUACCAAAAAUCGGUUUAAAUGUUUAGAUUUUGUAGACGUUCCCUGUUUCACUUCCUUUCACUAUCGUCAUUGUUUACUUGUUUAUUUAUGUAUUGUUUUCUUUUCUAUUUGUUUAAUCAAAAUGGAGCUCUCCUUAAAAAAAAGAGCAUUGACGGAACUUUUACUUUUCUAAGUUUUGUAGAAAAUUGUGAGAAAAUAAAUUGUCGAUUGCGCGCGCUUAUAAUAAAAUUUUUGACUCGCAGUAUCAACUGAUAACAUUGAGCAAAUUGCCCUUCGAAAUACUGAAGUAAAAUAGUAAACAGUUACAAGAUUAAACGCAAUAAAUGUUAAUGAUACGUAAAUAUUAAACGGUUGUGCUAACAUAUUAAAUAUUGUAUAGACAAACAGCAUGUAGUACUAUUUAAAACACGAGCAGGAGCUAGUGCUUUAUCAAAAUAAAAACACGGGGCGACAGUCGAGUAUCUUAUAUCAGAUAUAAAGCACGAACUGCGAGUGUUUAAAAUGGCUUAAAAAACAACCCAUGUCAUGAGUUUAUUGGCGAAGUAAUUUUAAAAAUAAAAUAAAAUAAAAUUUAAAAAAAAAUCAAAUCUUGUCUAAGCCGAGACUAUCAAAGCUAAAGUUUAUGUAAAUUGACAUUAUUUUUUAUCACAUAAACCACUAGUGAAUUUAUCCUUUUAAUAAGAUUUAAAAUACUCAUUAAUAAUUCAUAAACUUUGUGGCAAAUCAUGUCAGCCAUAAUAUGUCACGUGGAGUGACUUUAUAUCUGAUAAAACACAUGUGGCAUUAUAUAAUUGUUCAUCCUAAUUAACAUGAUUAUAUAAUGGUUCAUCCUAAUUAGUAUUCUUUUGUAGUCGUAUUUUAAGCUAUUCAAAACACUCGUUGUCGUGUUUUAUCAGAUAAAAAACGCUCGGCUGCGCCUCGCGUUUUAUAUCUGAUAAAACACUCCUACUCGUGUUUAAAAUAGUACAUAAAAUACAUAUAGCCUUGUCAACUACAAUUUAACACUGGAUGACUAUUUCAAACAUUCUUGAAACUUUACUCGGGCAUUUAAUAAUUACUGUCGGUCAAUAUCAUUCUAACACCUUGUAUUUUCUUUCCCAGGCCAAAUACCAACCAAGCGCCAUCAGUCUACGACAGACCUUCCUCAGGUCGGGCAAGUGACCACCGCCAUCAGCAGUCUGCCCCUGCUACAGGGACCGAAACCGGGCUCCCCCAGCACACCUCCAUGUAUCCUGACGCCAGCCGUUCUGCAGCGCAUACCGGGUUGCCGCAGAACGAGCAAGCUCGGGUACAGGAAGGACGUGGUGGGCGAGUGGUCCCUGGGUAUGGUGGCUUCGAUGGUCAUGUUGACCAUCCUGCUGGUACCAGUGGUGGUCAUGGUUCUGGCCAGAGUGAGGUCAUCGUGACUCAACAUGGUACUGACCAGAAAGUGGUGACUCAACGUGGGUAUGGUGGUCAGGGUUCUGACCAGAGUGAAGGGAUGGUGGCUCAUCCUGGUCCCGCUAGUGAUCUACAACAGCAACAGCAGUUGCAAUACCAGCAGCAGCAACAACAACAGUUGCAGUACCAACAGCAGCUGUACUUGCAUCAACAGCAACUGUUGCAGCAACAGCAACAACAGCUUGGUCAACAUCACAUGGGACACCAACAGAAGUCGGAACACGAUCAGUAUAUGCACCAACAACAACAGUUGUUACAGCAACGGCAACUACAACAGCAGUUGUAUGAGCAACAACAACAGCAACAACAACAGCAACAACAACAGCAACAACAACAGCAACAACAACAGCAACAACAACAGCAACAACAACAUCAGCAACUACAGAGGUAUGUCAGAAUUCGAACUACUAAAAGUUACCAGUGAGGGAUACUUCGGUAAAUAUUGGGGAGUGAAUUAAGUUACCAACAUAUCACCACCCUUCAUAGCUUGAAAUCUUAGUUCUUUAAACUUUUUUUGCCCUUAAAUUUCAUGUAACAUAUAGCUUAGUUUUUAGUCUACCUGUACUUUGAUGGUUGAAAAAUUAUUGUUACAACUUUGUUUCGAAGUUAUUAAGCCAUCAUUCAAAGACUUUCAGAAAUUAUGGGGGGAGUUGCUCUAUGCAUAGUGGAGGUUACUUAUUUUUCCAUUUUAAACUAAAAAUUAAAAUUAAGUCAUUCACACGUAUGUCAAAACGCCAUAUUUGGUCACUCGAUAUGACAAUUUCACAGUUGGCUGUCAGCCGAUCAGAAACCAUGAUUGUUUUUAAAUAAAUACUAAAUAACUGUGUCGGAUAUUAUAUCUGUCUGCCUAGAUUGUCAUAGAAGUAACUAAUUUCGAAUUCUGUCACUCCAGGCAAACUAGUGGGGAAUACCAACAGCAAGUGAACAGCAAUGGUAACCAGCAUUAUGCCUCAACUCAGUACCAGACUCCAGCUGAUACUGAACAGCAGCAAUAUGAAGAUUUUGAUUCUGAGGAAGAAUGCAAUCGAUAUUAUGACGAAAGCCGCAAAUGGUUUUGGUCUCACAAAAGGAACAAAUGGAUUCGUGCUGAUAAGUAAGUUUUUAUGUUCCUUAUAGGUUUUGCAUGGCGGAGAUUAUCAUCGACUUGUGUUUGGUAGAAAUUACACCUGGGUUUUUUGAGACCACGUUACCCGGGGACUUGCAAGUACUAUUGACAACAUGAACGGCUGUGUUGUAUCGGACAUAUACAAACUCGAGCCGAAAUAAAUGGCUUGUGAAACGUCUUUAUGAGAACAUUCGUAUUCUUCAACAAUUUAAAAUGUAUGAUACUUGAUGAGAAAAUUGAAGUUAAAGUUCAUGGCAAGUAUAUGCUUUCUGGCAGCAAAAUUCAAAAAGAAAAAUUUCCUAUGAAAGUCAAAUAUAAAACCUCCACAUGUAGAUUUCAGAGAACGUAUAGUGCUGCAACAUUGUGAUAAACGUCAAUCUCGGCAUAAAGCCGGUUACAGACGAGCAAGUUUUCUAUGACAAGUUUUUAUGUGACAAGUUUUAUUUGCCAAGUGCACAUGUGUAUAUAUGCAACAAAUUUUAUAUGACAAGUUUUUAUAUGACAAGUUUUUAUGUGACAAGUUUUAUUUGCCAAGUGCACGUGUGUAUAUGCAACAAAUUUUCAUAUGACAAGUUUUUAUAUGACAAGUUUAUUUACUGGUGUGAACGUGUCAACAAGUUUACUUAGUUGACAAUUUAUUAGUAGUCUUUGUUGACCCAUACAGACGAACAAGAUUUGUACUUUGACAAUUUUUUCUAUGACAAGUGCACUUGUUCAAAAGCUAGCAUGCUAUAGCUUUUGAACAAGUGCACUUGUCAUAGAAAAAAUUGUCAAAGUUGCGCGUACAGACGAGCAAAUAAAACGUGUCACAUAAAAACUUGUCAUAGAAAACUUGCUGGUCUGUAGCCGGCUUAAGACGAUCUUGACUUGCAAAACACAUUUCUAAACAAUAAGUAAAUUAUCUGGCAUUACGACAACGACACCUUGUAUAAUUCUCGAUAAUUUUUCACAAAAUCACUUCAUCAAAAAAUACUAUUCCAUUUCAGGAGCAAGCGCGAACAGGACCAAUACUACGAUGAACGGUAUUACCGCUCGGGAUCUGCUCGGAGCCGAUACGACGACGAAGAUCACGGGAAGCGACGUGAUCGAAGACGUGACAGCCGUCACGGACGAGGACGGUCCGAGUAUGACGAGCAUUACGGGACGUAUUACGACAGGUACUACUACGACCGCGAGUACCACCGUGGAGAAUCGGUCUCGAGCGAAUCCAGCGACGAUAGUCAACGGCGCGUUACCCGCUCUGGGCGUUCUUCUCGUGCCGAGUCCCCUCGUUCCGUGUCCUCCCGAAGCAGCUCGCGGGCUCGACGCAGCGGCGGACGCCAAUCGAAACAUCGCGAGUAUGAGUACGAAGAUGGGUAAGCUUCUGAAACCUUUGUGGUUACGUAUAAAACAAAUAAACCUGAAUCUGUUAAACCAAGGCUGCUCUUUCUUUAACACUUCAAACAUUGCACAAAACUCGAAUUUAAGGCGUUGUAUUCAAACAAGUACUUGUUGAUUUCACAUCUAUAAAUGUUUAGCUCACUUUAAUUUCUUCCAAAAAAUCAUGUGUCUAUGUUUUUAUUUUCGUUCUUUCGGCAUUAUUUUAAAAAAAUAUUUAACUAGUUUAAAUGUUAAAAAUUGAUUUGCUAACCUGUAAACAAUUGCUGGGAGUAUUUUUAUUCUGUUUUUAACUUUUUAUUCUUCUCUUAAUGCUAUUAAAAGCGAAUAACUUGCUGUUUCCUGGUUUAGAAAACUUCUGUAAUUUUUGAGCUACCAUCUUGUUUUCUCUACCAACAGGAUACGAGCUAAUACCCUGCUAGUAGAGAGCCAAUCAGAUUAUAGAAUAGCUCAUAUCCGGUAGUUGUCUACAUAUAAUCUCGAUCUUUCUUGCACAGGUAUCGUAAAGAUGAGGACUAUUACCACCGCAGUCAUCAAUCAUCGCGCAACUCGCGAAGACUGAGCUCAGGAAGUUACAGUUCAACAACCUCCAACUCUCUUGGUGACAAUAUCAAGUGGGAUGAUGAGCCGAAACAACAACAGGGUGCUCAGGUUACCACUGAAUAUCCCGUCGAAAGAGGUAUGUGUUUAACUUAAUUUAACUUAAUUUUAAAACUUUUUCCACUUUGAACGCCACCUUCACCAAACUUUCAGGCCAAAUAGUGGUGAUAAUCAGGGAAUAAGAUUUUAGUAUCAUUUUCCCCAGGUAAUUCCAGUUUUUUCGAACAGACCGUAUUGAAGUUAUCUCUUCAUAAAACCAUGGUGUUAUUCUUUCAGUCGAUGUCAAAAUACGAAAUUUCAGCACACUCCUUGCCAACUUCGUGCUAACCGCGUACACAAAAACAAUAGGAUGGGACUGGAACUGAUGUCCAAUAGCUUAUAGCUCUUCGAGUUCCGCCAUCUUGCUUCACUUUAUGGACUUGAGUUCUCGAUCCAGAUAUAUAUAGAGAGGUCACUGGUCUAGCCUAGCAUUCUUAUCACCAGCCAAUAUCUUCUUCAUCAACCAUUCUUUGCAUUUUUACUAUAAGGUUCAUAUAGUUUAUUUGCAUUCAUGUUUUUCUUUUGUUGUAGUUGUAACUCCAGAGCGACUGACGCCUAAACAGCACAGCGUCCCACAUAUCGUGGGUAAAUUCGCCUCCGUCUCUCGCCUGAGCUUGGCACCGCCUAGACGUGUCCUGGAUGGUGAAACCGCUGAAGUUUUCGUAACUGAUGUUACGGUAAUUACACACUUCUGGAAUUUUUGUCAGACUUCUUUUUGAAUAAUCUGGACCAAUAAGUGGGCGACUGUUAUACUGGACGUCUAGGGAGAAGAGUUUAGAACUAAUAGAGCUAUAGACUCGGUUCCAAAAUAUCACAUUCUCGAACCGACCUGACCGCGUAGCUCAGUUGGCAGAGCAUUGGGCUAGUAUUCCAAAGGUCGUAGGUUCGAUUCCCACCGUGGCCAAGCAUAUUUUUCAAGCUUACCCGGUGUGGAUAUACACUCAGGAGUAACAUCACAAGCAUCAUAUUCACCUGAGACCUGAGCACAUUACACCAACACAGAAAAAAUCAAAGUUACCUAAGUUUAGGUUUUCUUCCUGUAGUAGCAAGAAUGAUAGAGAUAAGUACUGGUAGAGGGUUUAGAACUGGUGGAGCUGUCCAGUAUAAAUAAAGUUAGUUUAGUUUAGGUUUCCUUCUGUAGUAACACUGGAUCAAUAAGAGAUUAUCCUUACUGGACCUCUAUGGCUCUAUAGGAAGAACAGUUUAGAACUGGUAGAGCUAUCCAGUAUAAAUAAAGUUAGUUUAGUUUACGUUUCCUGCUGUAGUAACAUUGGUCUAUUUAAGAUGACUCUUACUAGACCUCUAGGGAGAACAGUUUAGAACUGGUAGAGCUAUCCAUUAUAAAUAAAGUUAGUUCAGUUUAAGUUUCGUACUGUAGUAACACUGAUGCAUUAAAGAUAAAGCUUACUGGACCUCUAUAGGAGAACAGUUUAGAAAUGGUAGAGCAAUCCAAUAUGACUCUUGUUUUUUUUAUACAGUGUGAUCCCAGGCCUAGUCAAAUGCAGCGUUUUCCUGGACCUCUUUGCAGAAUUAAAUCCCACAAGAGGGACGUGGUGAAAUUCGCCAAGGACCAAGCCUUGGCUGCUUUCAACAAUGAAAGCAAGUCUUUUGAAGAACGCGAGGCCAGCUACAUCCUUUGGCAAGUCUUGGCUCUUAUGGUCCAGCAAAACGGGGUAAGACAACAGCGAGGCCUGGCCCAAGUGUAGGUGGGGCUGCAAUUAGUCCCUACAACUAACCCUUAGGAGGAGAAUCUUUUGCAUGUGACGUAACACCCGUUCAAAAUAUUAAUGAAUACACUUUUCCACUUGGGUACGACUAUAUUCAAUUUUUUAAAUUUUUGAUACGUUACUCAAGCGGUAAACAAACUUAAAAAGUACGUUGCUUUAAAAUUAUGGUAAAAUGAAGAGAUUUUAGAUGGUACGCCAAAGGGAAAAUGAUGUUUGAAGUUCAGUAAGUUUUGCUUAUAAAUCGCUGAAAAAAUAUGGCGUCAAUUUCACUGCAUUAAUGAUAGUUGUAUUUAAAUUGACAAUUUUUUACUAUUAUUUUUGUUUCUCAAUUGGCAAAUGCAUUUAAAAAAAGGUUGCUAACUGUGUAAACUAGAGAAUAAAGCUAAAACAAAGUAAUUUUGAGGGGUACGCCAAAAAGAUUUUAGAUUUUGAACACUUUUCAUCGCAAAUAUCCGACAUUGAAAACAUUGCCUCUAACGAGUUGAAGCUAAUCUUAAACGUCUUCUAUUCCAGGUAUAUCUGAAUGGCGAUAUCGCCGAAGUACUUACUAGUGAUCUGCCUACGACCGAACUGGGACAAAGUCCCCAUUCUUCCCGUCGAGUCUCUUUCAGCGGCGAGGAUCAAGUUUUUUCGACAGUUGCCUCCCAGCAAGAGCAGCAGGCGACGUACAGAGAGCUACUAUUGUGCGGAAAAACUCAAGUAAGUGACGUUGUUUUUCAGUGUAAAGUCCAAGCGUGAGAGAUGGCAAGCGAGAGUCUGCAUGAGAGGUAUCUAAUAUAAAUAAAGUUUGUUUAGCUUAGGUUUGAGUGCUGGUCCUUACUGGAUCUCUGGAGAGAACAAUUUAGACUAGAGCCAAUAUUAAGUUGUAUAAUUUGCUAUAAAGAUAGUGUCGUUCACUUAAGCAUUCAUUUUAUUAUUUUUUCUUAGGAGGCCCUAGAACUGGCCAUAGCAUCGAAAAUGUGGGGACACGCUUUGAUCUUGUCGCACAGUCUCGAUCAGAAUAUAUUUGCAAAUAUAAUGAACAGGUAAAAACAGUGUACUAUAAAUUACAAUAAUUAUUGCAGGACGACUGGGUACGAGUUUUGCCGGUUUAAUUCUCCCUUUCCGAAAUAAAGCUUAAAAUUAUGUCAUUCUUUAUUUUAGAUUCACAGGCACUCUCAACGAAGACGACUCAUUGCUCUGCUUGUAUCAACAUCUCUCCCAGAAAACGCCAUCAGUUUUGGACGUGAGUUGAAAAAAAUUAUGUUUUUACCUUAGCGAAAUGUCCACAACAUCUUCCUUAAUGUUUCCAAUUUUCGAUUUUAGAAGAAGUCGCGACACUGGCGAAAACAUCUGGCCAUUAUGAUUGCAAAUCCUUCCAAGUCCCCGGAGCAGGACAGAAGAAAUAUCCAUACAUUGGGCGAAAACCUAGGUAGGUAGAAAAGAUUGGCAAUUCACUUUUCAAUGGAUUCAGAAAUAUUGGAAGUUGUUUUGUCUUAUAGAAUCUCGCGGCUUGAUUGAAGCUGCUCAUCUUUGCUACAUAUUAGCUGGAGAAUCUUUCUGGAAAGAGGAUGGCUCGGUUUUACUUGGUUAUUCUCUCAAGUAAGUUGAAAAUCUGAUGUUGAUGGGAUUUGAUCUCCGAGUGGUUGUUAGUGUCAGACUAUCAAUGUCUGGUGGUGUUUGGAGCCUAGCUUUAAUGUCCAUUAAAAUCUAUUUUCUGUAGUGGAGUGCGACCAGAUUUCGUGGAUCUUUUGGCUCUUCAACGUACAGAGGUAAGUAGGGCCGCCAGCCCUAUUUUGUUAUUUUAUCCGUGUUUAAUGACAGGUGAUUUUACUCUUGAAGCGGUUUCCCGUGUUCGAUGUUUUGAAAGUUGAAAAAUUGCAACUUCAAUCUUUGCUUUUAGUUAUUUGAAUAUGCCAUGAGCUUGAAAGAGGAGAAUUACAUCAUGAAAGAUUUGCAGGUGUGGAACUUUCUUCCUUGUGUAAGCUUUCUCGGUAUAAAAGAUCGAGUUGUGCAUGCAAAUCUAUAACUUUGUUAAUUUUCUUGCCAGCCCUGGAAAGCAUUUUACGCUCAUUCAUUGGCCGACGCAGGACUACACGUCAAGGUUUGUUGAUAUUCCUGAAAGAAUUUCUGUCCAAACAUUGUGAUCCAUUUCUGGGACCGUGUGUUACCUCUAUAGGAAACGAUAAAGCUAUUCGGUAUAAAUACAGCUAUAGUUUAUAGGUUUUCUCCUGUAGUAACACUGGAUCAAUAAGAGAUGACACUUACUGGACCUCAAAGAAGAACUGUUAGAGCUAUCUAUAUAGUAUAAAUAAAAUUAGUAUAGUGUAGGUUUCCUCCUGUAGUAACAUCGGAACAAUAAUUAAGGGACGACACUUACUGGACCGGAAGAACAGUUUAGAACUUAUAUAUAUAUAGAGCUAUCCAGUAUAAAUAAAGUUAGUUUAGUGUAGGUUUCCUCCUGUAGUUACAUUGGAACAAUUAGUGAUUGUUAUUACUGGACCUUGGAAAGGCAGUUAGGAACUGAUACAGUUAUCCAGUAUAAAUACAGUUAGUUAAGUUACGUUGGUCUAUCGUUUAGUUCUGAUGCUUUUCAAAGUGUAGCGGUUUGAUCUUUUGUUAAAUAUUGUCUUGGUAUUUAGGCAUUCCGUUACUGCGAAACGAUGCUGAACAACAUAUUGAAACAUCAAACAUUCUUCACGGAGAAUACAAUCGCGCGAAUUCAUGCGGUAAGACGCGGUCUUAUAUCAUUCGAGCCCUGAACAGAUAUGUAAUAUUAACUUUGAUUAUAUUCCACGAAAUUCAAGACCACCACAUAUGGUUUACAAUAUUUGAGGGAACAGACGAUAGUGCUAAAUGAAACCGAACUAAACUGUCUAUCUCUUUCCUUGUACUAUAGCUAUCAGUACGUCUAACAGAACGGGAACAUAUGACUCCGUUUUUCGACAUGAAUGUUAAGUUACAACAAAUACUGGAAUUAAUACAGGUAUAUUAACAUAUAUUUUGCUGUUUAUUUCGGAUGGGAUGUCAGGGUGCCAGUUUGAUUCUGCCAAACACCACAGUUUCCCUUUGAAUACACGCGUUGCAAGUCUGUUACCGUCGUCAACCUUGUAACAAGGUGAUAACAACUUGUUCCAGACUUGUCACAACAACUGGGAUCGAGCCUGAUAUCUUGAUAUCUGUAACAAAUUGCGUGUUUUUAUGUAUGGUGAUUCAAUAAAAGGGUGAUCUGUUCUGAUUCAAUAAAAGCGUGAUCUGUUCUGGAUUUGUAGGGAAAUACAGUUUAGAACUGAUGGGGCUAUCCAGUCUAAGAGAAAUUGGUUUAGUUAAGGAUUCCUCUUGUAAAAAAACUAACACAACAAAGAUGUCUCUCUAAGUAUAGAACGAGCCUGAAAUAGCUAUCCAUUGAAGUUGUUCUCAUGGUAAAAAAUUAUCUUUUAUUAGGGGAAGGAAAGUGCGCCUCAACUGGGCGCUGAUAUGCAGAACCAACAACAGUCUACUCAAUACGGGCAGCCGUCAACACAACAACCGCUCAACCAAUCAGAAGCUCAACAAGACACCGCUCCUGCAGUGAACCAAUCCUACGUGCAAGGAAGUACACUGCCCCAAGUCAACCAAGCACAAAACAUUAAUGGAGAUGAUCAGACCUCAGCUCCAAUGGUUCCAACUAUGUUUGUGCCGAAUAUGGGGACUAAUAUGGGUCAAGAGCAAGCCUAUGCGAACAACAUUAUGGCUAAUCCUCAAGAACAAAGCUUCUAUGCCGAAGGAAACCAGGCUAUUCCGUUCGCGCAGCCUGAAACUACCGGGCAAAGUGACCAGUACAACAUGCCCUACACCUCGGAACAAUUUUCCCCACCGGGGAAUUACCCCUACGGGAACGCUCCUACCUCGGAAGCUCUUCCAUCGGCGAGUUUCUCCUACGAGAAUGUGACCCAAGCUGUCCCGAGCAGCGUAGAGUACGAAGAAACUGGAUUGCCUAGUACGCAUACGGACUUCUUUGAGGGAGAUUCGUUCGAACAUCUAUUACGAAGGGAGCCAAGUGCUACCGGUAUUGAAACGAGUGGAAUUUCGAUUUCAGACAGUAGCUUUGACUAUUACGCACAGUCUAACUUCAGGGUAAGUUUGAGUAGAUUUAGUUUAAGUUUUCACCUGUAGUGACACUGGAUCAAUAAAGGAUGACCUUUAUAGUGGGACCUCUAACGCUACUAGCAAACGGCCGUAUUUCCAAGUUGGGACAACGGUUAUUUAAAAUUGGAUUCCACAAUUCUUCUCAACCAUAAAAAUCCUUGUCUUAACCUUGAUUCUUAAACUGUAUGAUUUCCUACGAUGGAUAAUUGACGACGGAUUCUAUUUCUUUUUUGUUGUGUGUUAUAUCUGUUAGUUAAUAUUGUAUAGAGUGUGUAACAAAAAUCAUGUAAAUGUUGUGUGAGCCCCAUAGAUGAGCCUUUGUGCUCUUGGGCAAAUGCAAAAAAAAAACUAUUAAAAUAUGUUUAUAUAAAAAAAAAUUGACGACGGGUUUUCCAUGCAGUCAUGACCCGCCGUGAUAGCGUUGCUAUCCUGUAAUAUGCUCAAAGGUCGCUAUACUUACUCGAUUCUGAAGUACUAUUUAUUGAAUAAAUGAUUCUAUGAUAUUUUCUACAGGACGACAACAAUCCUGGCCAAAGUGCAAAGAAGGAAGAGAAAUCUCAGGCAGAGGGGAAAGAACCUGAAAAGAACGGGAAAAAAGAGGAUAGCAAGAAAGGAAAAGAGGCCAGUGUAAGUAUAUGCAGCAUGUCUCGUGAUCAUAUAAAACAUACUUCAUUUUUCGACAGACGUUUUAAUUUUCCAGAAAGGCUUAUCAAGAUCAGACAUGUACAGGGUUCGCAAGGGUUUUGGAAAGUUUUGGAAAUUGAUUGAGGUGUUUUCCAGGGUUUGGAAAGUUUCGGAAAAUCUAUUUUUGUUGCUGUUUAUAGGGCUAUGGAAAGUCAUGGAAUUUUGUACACAAAUAAAAGCCAUAGAAGAAGGGUUUUGUUAGUAAUAAGUAUUACUUUUUAAGAAAUUUGUUUCGGAAAUUUUAAUGUAAGGACUUUGGGAAAGUUUUGGAAAAUUCAAACGGACGAAGCUGUAGGAACCCAGUAUGUAACAGCAGAGCAUUUUCGACCAAGUUACAGUUUUUCCGUUCAAAUGCUAAAUUGGUCGGACAUUCAGUUGUAAUAUUUUUAUAAUUUUCAUAGUAUGUUGUACAGGAUAGCCAACUGUAAUUGACUACGAUUAUAUAUUUUUAGGGAUGGUCUUUAGGUGGGUUCUUCAAGUCUCUUAUUCCAAAGGGCAAGAAUGAGAUGAUACUUCCCGAUGAUAAGAAAAAGACUGUAAGUUUUGCCAACUAACAUGUCUUUUCAAGUUUCAGUUCAACGCACUGCAAUGCCCGGGGCUUCGAGCGAAGCACUCAUUUUCUUGCUACAAUGAUGAUUUGCUCGAAGUUUUGCCUGCGUGGCAGGCGGUUAUUUGCGGGCAGCAAAAAUUAGGGAGACGAGGUUUUUCCUUCGCCUCCCUAAAUUUCGCUGCCCGCAAAAACCCCGCCUGCCACGCAGGCUACUCGAUGCGUUGAACUGAAAUUUGGAUUAGCUAUAUACGUUGUUUCAUGCAGGGUAUGUGAAUGGCAUUUUUUUUCAAAUAUGGAAUAUUUUUGUUUUGUAGAUUUAUUGGGACGAUAAAGAAGGCAAAUGGGUAAACACUGAUGGAGACGAAGAGGUACGCCAAAAAGUAGCACGAUUUCGCCUUGGCAUGUUUUCCUCGACGAGUUUUAUCUGCUCGAGUGUACGGCAAAAUCUCGACAAUUGUUUCUUGCCAAGGAGGAGUCUUUUUCCAAAACUAGUCAUGCCAGCUAAUGGAAAAGGAAAAUUUGAGCUCAAAGCAGCAAAACUUCUCAAGGAAAACUUACACUGGAAAAAAAAUUUAAAAUCCAAAGAAGGUUAUAGAAUGGAAAUUGUAUGGACCUUGAUUGGAAAUAGAAUGGAUUUUGAUUAUCAAUAAUAAUUGUAUAUUUCUAUACUAUGAAUAUAGUAUCGAAAUAGUAUGGAUAUACUAUGGAUUUAGUAAUACAAUUGCAAAUCUCAUAGUAUGGAUUUCACAUUUUUCCCCAGUGUUAUUGACCGUACUCACGAGAAAGUAAACUCGCCAAGGAAAAUUUUCGAGGAAAACUUGCUCGUCUGUAUAUGUUAUAAGAAAGUACGAGUGUAAUUUUUGUUUCUUCUUCAAACAGGAUAAAGCUGACUUACCGCCGCCUCCAAUUGAUCCAUCUUUGAUCAGCGGCACUGCGCCUGCGAUGCCUGCUAUGCCACCGGGCAGUGGGGAAGGACCUACUUCAGCACCUGGUAAGCAGUAUAGAGAGUAAAUAGAUUCCUCAAUAUAUUUUAAAACAAGACUGGGGAAGAUUUUAUUUUAUGGUCUCGUUUUAUGACUUACCAGGCAAACACUAAACCAUUUUUUACAAGAGACUUCAUAUUUAAAGCAAAAUGUUGAGAGUAAGAUUAAAAACAAUUCAUGCAAGCGAACUUGUGCAGCCUUUUGAAAUUUGCAGAAAAGCCCCAAAAUGAGGGUAGUCAGGCCCUUCACUGUGAUAAAUCUAGCAUAACCUCCGGUAUUUUUAAGAUUUAGUUUCUCUCAAAGAGAAUAUACAUGGUAUUAUAUUUACAUUUUGUAAAACUGACAGUCUUGAAGUAUUCUAUAAGGCGACGGUGAAUACCUUGGUCGAAAUUAUUUUCAGAAGAAAAAAGAAUGACCACCAUUUUUCGAGUCGAUCUAUAGAGCUUUCUAUUUUAUAACAAGUCAUUUUAGCUCACAUGUUUCUGUUAUCUUUAUAGGAACAUCAAGUGGUAGUCCGUUCAACGCACCUACGAGCUCGCCCCCGUCGUCGAGCACACUGCAGCCCCCAGUAGCCCAUGCCCCGCCUGUUUUGCCUGGCAAUUUUACUCCGGAACAACCGGAAGUAUCGUUGAUCAACUCUCCUUUAACGACACCCAGCCGCUUCUCACGGCGAGCUCACGGCUGCAAAGGUAACUGUCGGAUCUAAACCUUCAACAUCCGUUCAUGGUGUCACCUUAAUAUAUAUACAUGAACCUGUGCUUGGAGCUCGAUAACUGGACUCUGUAGUUCUAUAGGCCCUCUGUCAGGAAUUGAGCCAGAGGCCUCUGUAGCUCAGUUGGUUCUAGUACUGCGCCAGAAUUCCAAGGCCACGGGUUUUCCACUUCAGUAAUAGGGAUUAGGAUAAGUUUGUAGAUUAGGGGACAGAUAUUAUUUGUCAAGUAGUCAUUUUUGUCAAGUAGGAAGACCAGAAAUCUGCUUGGUUCAUAAUUAAGAAUAAUAUAGGAUUAAUAUUAUAGGGUUCAGGAUUUAGAUUAGCAUAUAGUACUAGGAUUAAUGUUAGGGUAUGGAUUAGGUUUAGUCUUAGUUUAGGUUAGAGUUAGACUGAGUUCUAGAUCUUCUCAAUACGAUUUGUUCAUAAACUGAAUCUUCAAUUUUACUUUCAUUACAGGACGCAGGUCGAACUACGUCGAUGUCUUGAGUGCAUCGGGAUCUACCACGAAGCUGAAUCAAACUGCUUCACCUAUGCUGUUUUCACCAUUCCCAACCAGCGCUGGAAACCAGACAACAGUGGCAAACAGUAAGUGCUUUAGAAGUAGAGUAGAAGUCUUUUGUGAGUUGAAGAUUAAUUAGUAAGAAUCGUUUAUCUGUUCAUGACAGUUAUAUUCUUUGUUAGACUGCUAGCAAUCCCCCUAUUUUCUUCGCAUACUUCCCCGACUGUUUUUGACUCAAAACUAACUUAUUACUUUAUCUUUUCUUAGACUUUGUUCCAGAUAGUCAGCCGAGUAUGGAUGGCCCACCAGGACCUACAAUAAGGUAGGUACUAGCUCCUUUAUGUAAUAUUCCAAAUCCGACUAUGAGGACUAGACUAGAUUUCAAGUUCGCGCAAUUUGGCGAGGCCGAGGACUGGAUCAAAAUGCGAGAACUUGCAUGAAAUCUAGUCCAGUUCGAUUUGGAUGAUUUGAAAUGACAUCUCAUGAUUUGAAAUGAAUUCAUUUUGAUCCAGUCCAAGGACUGAAUUAAUUGAAAUCAUACUAAUAAUCUUGCUUUGUUAUGUUUUUAGCCAGAACAAUGUGCUUGACAACAACACCGCAGAGGAGGAAUCUGCAAACGCACAGGUAAGAAAUGUUAUUUUUGUUGCACUCGGAUUCGGGCCCGAUAAAUUCAGGCUGCGAGCAGGCUAAUCGGUACCACUGACCUUUAUAUAUCUGGAGCAAGAACCUCAGUCAUUCGGCCUAUGAGAAAAGUGAUGACCAAUGACAAGAUGAUCGUAAACAGUUUUAAUACCAUUUUCCCCCAGCUAAUUCCAUUUGUUUCUAACGGACCGUAUCGCUAACCAAGGUAUCAGUUCAUAAAACCGCAGUGUUAUUCUUUAAAUCAAUGUCAAAAUACGUUAACCGGCCAGCCAGAAAAACUAGCUUUUCUCACGCCGCCAUUUUUGGGGUAUUGCCUUUUCCAAAUCUGAGAUUGUACGCAGUGAAUGAGGAUCUGUAUAACUAUAAUUGUGAGUAUAAUCAUUACAAGUUAAUUUACAGUUAAAUAUUUGAAAAAAUGUUUUCACAUCGCUUAGAUUUUUCACGUCGUUUUUAAUUUAAAAAGUACUCCAAAAAUGGGACACUUUUUUACUUCGUGAGAAAGGCUAAUUGGCUUCAUUCUUUGGACUCAGAUAUAUAUGGAGUACUGUGUAUUCUAUAUGUACAUUCUUUCGUUUUCAGGGGUCUGAGCUUGAGGUCUCUCAGCCAGCACCAGCAGCCGUACCAUUCUUUGAUCCGUCGAAGUAUGCGACAACACCAUCGUCCUCGGCCAGUCGAGGUAGACAAUAUCCCCGAACGAAGAAGUGA